CCGGGACUGGGAAGGGCGGGGGCACUAAGCCCGCCGCUGAGCGGACGCCUGCGUCUCCGGCUGCGGCCGCUGUCUCCCGAGGAGCGGGGCUCGGCCCUGCAGCCGCUGGCGCUCCGCCCCUUCCUGUCUGCUCCUCAGUAAAGACAGCACUGAACUCAUCUAUUAAGCAUGGCCUGAUGCUUCCCUGCUUGACAUUGGUCACAGAAUUGAAAAGAAAAAAGAACUUUACUGCAAAUUUAGAAAUCAGCUGCACAUGGAACUUAACGUCAGAAUAUUAAAUGAAUCCGAACCAGUGAUAUUAGAUUGGGCCUUUUUUCUUUUCUUUUUCCUUUUUAGACACGAUGGCUUUACUACCAAACAUUUUUACCAUCCUAGUAAUGAUACAGUUUGUUCUUGGAAAUUUUGCCAAUGUCUUCAUAGCACUGGUGAACUGCAUUGACUGGGUCAAGAAACAAAAGAUCUCUUCAGCUCAUCAAAUUCUCACUGCUCUGGCGCUCUCCAGGAUAGGUUUGCUCUGGGUAUUAGUAAUAAAUUGGUAUGCAACUGUGUUUAAUCCAGCUUUAUACAGUUUAGAAGUAAGAAUUAUUGUUUGUAUUGUCUGGUCAGUAAGCAACCAUUUUAGCCUCUGGCUUGCUACUAGCCUCAGCAUAUUUUAUUUGCUCAAGAUAGCCAAUUUCUCUAGCCUUCUUUUUCUUCACCUAAAGUGGAAAGUUAAAAGAGUAAUUCUCAUGAUACCGUUGGGAACUUUGGUCUUCCUGGUUUUUCGUAUUGCAGUCGUGAGCACAGAUGAAACAAUGCAGAGGAAUGAAUAUGAAGGAAACAUCACUUGGAAGACCAAAUUGAGGGACAUUGUGCACCUUUCAAAUAUGACUGAAGUCACACUAGCAAAUGUCAUACCCUUUACUGUGUCUCUGACAUCUUUUGUGUUGUUAAUCUUCUCCCUGUGGAAACAUGUCAAGAAGAUGCAGCUCAGUGGCAAAGGAUCCCGAGAUCCCAGCAUCAAGGUCCACAUCAGAGCCAUGCAAACUGUGAUCUCCUUUUUCUUGCUUUUUGCUAUUUACUUUGUGACUCUAAUCUUCUCAGUUUGGAGUUCUAAUACUCUGAAGAACAAACCAUUUCCCAUGCUUUGCCAAGCUCUUGGAAUCUUGUAUCCUUCAGGCCAUUCAUUUAUCCUGAUUUGGGGAAACAAGAAACUAAGACAGGCCUUCCUGUCAUUUCUGUGGCAGCUGAGGUGCUGGCUGAAGGAAGGAAAUAAGUUGGGCAUCAUGUAUCUUUUAGCAGAAAACAAACUGAUGGAGUCUGUAAUAUUUUGUGCUUCCUACUGUUUUUCCUAAUGUGUAUAUAAUUGGGUAAGGUUUACCUAGAAAAUCUUUUACCUAAGCUUAUCACAAAAAUAUAUAUGUAUGUAUGUUUAUGAAAAAUACAAGAAAGACUAUAAGGUCACUAUAUUAUUAUUUUCAGGUAAGCAAUCUAAUUUUACAAAAUAUUGUAAGAAAUUUUUCAGGAUUAUGAGGCCAUGAGUAUUUCACAUAUACCUUGCAAUUGAAGAAUUUUUGAUCUAUAUUUAUGCUUUUUUUAGGGACUGAUAAAUUAUCUUAGAAAUCAUUGCUAUUUUCCACUACUUAGUAUCGCACACAUACUACAGUGUGCUUAGAUUUUAUUGUUUGAAAUCCAAUCUUUUGGGUGGUAAGGAUAUUCAGUUCUAAAUCACACAUGAGGAUGGAUGUUUGGAUAGACAUUAUUCCAUUAUGAAUUCUUCAUGGAUAAUAGAGAGCAAUCAGAAUUGUUGCUAAGAAAAGAUGCACACAAUAAAAUUAAAGAGUGACAAACAUAUUUAGAAUUAUAUAUAUGCACAAUAAGUUGUACUAAAUAUUAUUGUAUUUAAUAUAAGUAAGUGAAAGCUAGAAAUAAAUCAAGUUCUACAAUAGGAAUGAGGAAGAAAGAAAAAUGACAAUGACAUUUUUAAUGUUGUUAUGUUUCCAUAUACAGUUAAGAAAAUCAUUUAAAAAUUUUUUUGAAUUAAGAAGACCUUGUUUAAAAUCAAAAACUGUUGUCAAAGUAUUCAGUUUCCUUAACCACCAUGGGACCUCUGAAUUGCCAGUCCUCUUCGUCUUGCUACCUAAAAAUUUCUUUUAAACAUCAGAUAAGAAUACUAAAAUCUUUCCUAUCUUCAAAGUAAGAAUAGCAAAAAAUUAUGAUUCAUAAAUCAUAAAUCAAUGACCUUUCUGCAUAUAUGAACAUGGUAUCUAUGAUGUCUAUGUAAUAAUUAUAAGAAAAGUCUUCAAGAUAUGUUUUAUUAUAAUCUUGUGGAAAAUGAUGAAAUAGAAAGUGUGUUGCCAUGAAUUUGAUAGCAAGUUCUGUUAGAAGAAUAAAAUGUAUAACCUUGUUCAACAACUGAAUUUACACAUCUAUAUUAAUUCUUAGUAUUAUGAAAAUUUAACAACAUUAUCUAAACCUUAAGAUAAAUCUUUCCCACAUCUGAUUAAUAUAUAUCUUUUUAAUCACAUGCUAUCCCAGUAGAAUAUAAACACUGUAAUGCACAGAUCAUGUCGAUCCUGUUUCCUGCUGACUCCUCAGGACAUAAAAGCCAGCCCAUAGAAUAGUGGGGUGAACACAAGUUUGCCAUCUUGAAUAUGUGGCUUCCAAGAUUGCCUUGGAGUCAUCUUCAUUCUAGACAGCAGAGGGGUCAGGUGCGGGGAAGAAAGGCUUACUGAAGAGUAUGCAUGGGGAGGAGAUCCAAGGUGGAAGAGUAGAUAAACUGUGGGCUUCCAUCCAUGAACACAUUAAAAUUAAAGCUAAAUUAUAGAAUAAUCAACCUGGAGAAUCAUCUGAAGUCUAGUUGAACAGAAGUUUUAUAACUAAGGAUAUAAAGAAGAAACCAAAUCAAGACUGGUACAAGGGACAGAGACGCAAAACGGGUCAGCCCCAAACCUCUGUGUGGUGGAUGAAAAUAUCUUGGCCAUAGAGGUUCUCCAUAGAGGAACAAGGGACCCCAGCCCCACACCAGCCUCCCCAGCCCAGAGUACUGGUGCUGAGAAGAGGAGUACUCACAACAUCUGGCUGUCAAAAACAGUGGGGAUUCUGACUGAUUGGGUAGGAUGGAAAGCUGUAGGAAACCCAGACAUCCUCUUAAAGGGCCCAUG